AUGAAGGUCUUCUCAUCUACAUGCAACUUUGAGUACUCCUGGGAUGAGGUCUCCACUGCCAACUGGAGAAAGUACUGCCCAUGGAAUGACAAGGCUACCCACGUCGUCGGCGUCGACACUCUGUCUCGCACGAUCGACCCUCAGACUGGAAUCCUUCGCACCGAACGUCUGAUCACAUGCAAUCAGUCGGUCCCAUCUUGGGUCUCAUCUCUCUUCGGCGGCGAUGCCGUCUCUCACGUCUACGAGGUCUCCUACGUCGACCCACAGGCCAAGAAGGUGACCAUGUGCUCCACGAACUUGACCUGGUCGAAUGUUCUCAACGUCCGCGAGACCGUCACCUAUCAGCCGUCCCCCUCCGCCCCCAACACCACCACAGAGUUUACCCAAGAGGCCAAGAUCACGGCGCUCUGUGGUGGCUGGCAAAAGAUCAAGAACAAGGUGGAGGACGCAAGCGUGGAGCGCUUCCGCGAGAACGCCAAGCGUGGUCGUGAGGGCUUCGAGACCGUCCUGGAGAUGAGCCGUCGUGUCUUUGGCGAGCAGCGGGAGUUGGAAAGCCAACGCACGCAGUCAUGA